AUGAGUGAAGGAUGGGAGGCGAUUUACGUUUAUGCUUCAACUCAGUUUUGGAUUAUAUCUAAUUUUGAUUUUCACUUUCUCCAAGAAUGGGAUGAAAAGUUAGGCUCUCAUAAACCCUUUUUGUCACUGUUAGUCAAUUCACUUUUCUUUUAUAAACCCUUUUUGUCGCCGUUAGUUCCCAUCUCUUUGGAAUCUCUUCAACAUGUCUCCUCCUCGAGGUCGCGGUGGUUCUGGACUGGUGGAGGGUUCAGAGGACGAGGAGGUGACAGAGGCGGUCGAGGCAAUGGUGGAGGUCGAGGCUUUGGUUGUGGAAGAGGAGGAGAUUUUAAACCUCGUGGUAAGGUUAGAGGUGUAGGAGGAAGAGGACCCCGUGGAAGACCAAUGAAUCGUUGUCAUGGUAGUGUCAAAGGUGGAAUGAAAGGAGGAAGCAAGGUUGUUCUUGAGCCUCAUAGACAUGAAGGUAUUUUCCUUGUUAGGGAUAGUAAAGGAGAUGCUCUCGUUACUAAGAAUCUUGUUCCUGGUGAAGCUGUUUACAAUGAGAAGAGAGUUAAUGUGCACACUGGAGUUGUGUAUGCAGUAGAAUUCUCCCACGAAAGUGGACUUGAUUUGGUAAAUAUGGCGAAGAAACUUACUAAUGUUAUUCCCAUUAUUGAAGAUGCUAGACAUCCAGAAAAGUAUAAAGAGUUAGUUGGCAUUGUAGAUGUCAUAUUUUCUGAUGUUGCUCAGCCUGAUCAGGCAAGAAUUUUAGGGCUAAAUGCUUCUUAUUAUCUUAAAGCUGGAGGGCAUUUUGUUAUAUCCAUCAAGGCUGAACGGCUGAACCUGUGUUAUCAAAUAUUUGCCGUUGUGGAUAUUGAGGCGGGUUUUGGCUCUCUCCCAUUGCGAAUUUCGGCCGAUAUUGAUAGCAGGAUUUAAGGCUCUCCGCCAUUUGCCAUCGAACACUGGGUUGGACACCUUCAAUUGGAUUCGAAUUCUAGGCCUCACACAGUUGUGUGUGAUUUUCAUCUAAAAUCAAGCUGACUCGAUUUAUUUUGUUUUAUGAUAGGCAAAUUGCUUAGAUUCGACAAUACCUGCAGAUGCAGUGUUCCACAGUGAAGUGAAAAAGUUGAGGGCAGAUCAAUUUAAGCCAUUUGAGCAAGGUACUAUUGAACCAUUUGAGACGGACCAUGCUUUUGUUGUUGGUGGAUACAGAAUGCUUACGAAGAAAAAUGAUGCUGAAUAGCUUGUUUUUGCGAAGGCAUGCACUAUUUACCAAUAUAUGGCAUGCCAAUAACUUAGAAGUUUUUGUCCUAGAAUGCGUUGCUUCUAAACGAUAAACUAGUGGUUUUUAUAUUUGCUGCCAAUGCAAGUGAUUAGACUAAAGUUAUAUUUGCUUCAGUUGAUAGGGGUGUUUUAGAAGGAGUCUUUUAGAGGAUUUGUCUCUAGCAUUGCUCACGGUUUGUAUACCGUUUGAAUGUUUUAAAUAUUAGUUUCUCCCACCUACAUGAAAAACAAAAUAGAUUGAGCGAGUAUUUUGUAGAAUGCCGGUGUCGUAUUCUUUGUGUCUAAGUAACAUAACUCAUAAAUUUCACGCCCUUUGACACCACAGAAAGGGAUAAGAGCUGAUUGCUGGCUAUGACUUGGUGAAAAGAAUCUAUGAGAGAAGGUUCUCAAACCAUGUUCCAACCGACUUUAGGUGGACGCGCGGAGCCAAUGAGUCUUUAAGUAAGUGGGCGUUAAGCGUAACGAGUCUAAGGGUGGGAUAAAGCUUGAAAGGAAUUGAUGGACAGCUCAAAUUUGUGAAAUUCAAAGAAGGGAGUUGUAUUCGAAUGCUUUCACAAC